ACAAUUACCCGAAGGUGUCCAAUGGGACUUUGAUGUCGAGAAUUGGCUAGAUCCGUACCAGGUGUCACACUAUGCGAUGGACAUCUUUGAGUAUCUGAAAGAACGAGAACGCCUAUUCCCCAUCGGCAAUUACAUGGUUCGGCAAGUAUGCCUCUCGCCAUGGCGAGGGGCGAGGGAAUGGAUGAGAGCGCUACUGGUCGAUUGGAUGGUCGAGGUGCAGGAGUCGUUUGAGUUGAAUCACGAGACCUUAUAUCUGGCUGUAAAACUGGUCGAUCUAUACCUAACAAAGAUGACAGUCGGGAAAGAGACUCUACAACUGCUGGGCGCUGCGAGUCUUUUCAUAGCGAGCAAGUUUGACGAAAGAAUACCACUAAUGGUGGAAGAUUUGUAUAUAUGUGACGGCGCUUACACAAAAAGGGAGCUAAUCAAAAUGGAAAUAAGUAUUUUAAAAAUAGUUAAUUUUGACCUGGGAAUACCGA